CAAAGACCAGGACGAUGUAACACUGUAGUCUGUGUAAUACGUACCCUGGUUGCUUAUCACCGUACCUAGCUUGAGGGAGAGCAUCUUCAUUAAGGUACCCGCAAAAGAAGCUGGGCCUCAACCUCUGCUAUCGUGGAGAAAGAACAAAGCCUCGUUGGCCUUUGCUGACCAGGUUCUUCCUACACAAGCUAUCCUAGGGUGCCUAAUGGCUGCCCCACGCUUGAACAGAGCUCUCCUUCUUGUCGCGCUUUCGGCGGCCUACUUCGUUGCAACCUUACCAUACCCAGCUGCUGCCGAGCGAAAUGCUGCUGCCCCAAAUGCAAACGAAGUUCUUCCAACUCCGGUCAACGUGGAAGAGGCGUGCACAAAAGAGGUAUUCCACAGCUUGACACACCACUAUCGCAGCUGCAGCCGGAGUUUCUUUCAUGUUGAAGACCCAGAUGAAGACUGCUGCGAGGGACUGGCCCACUUCUACGGCCCCCAGUCGCCGAUGCCCUCCCGCAACUGCUUCUGUGACGCGACGUAUGCCGCCUGGUUCACCAAGAUGUAGGUGUUUGAAAACCGUUCCUACUACCUGAUGGCGACAGCGUUCAAGGUUUGCAAGAACUUUAACAUCACCGUUGGUUACUUUGACGACGGGGAGGGCCCUUGCGCGGGGAAAGAGUACUCCGCAGAAGACGUUGAAGGGACGUGCAUCAAUUGUUACAAAGACGGGCCACAUGCUUCCCUUGCAGACUGGCUAUCCCGCUUGGAUCAGGACUGGGGGAUUGCGAUGUCGUUUGCCAUCUUCUGGGUUUCCUUGUUCGGCUGCAUCAUCCUAGUGGGCUCCUUGACCCUGGACCUCGCGAAAGACGCCCAGAGGGUGGUGGCGAAAAAGAUGAGCUGAAUCAUCAUCAUUAACUAGCGAGGUACUUGAGUCACGAAGAGCAUUGGGCCAAAACCAAGAAGGAUAUGUCAAUCUUGGUCCAGCUCUUGACCGUUUAGCGCCUGUCGAAGAACGCGGCCGUAUGCAUGUCCCGCAUGCUUGUUGACACUAGGACGGACGCAUCAGUGUCCAACUCUAUCGUAGGACAUUGUGAGCUGCCAGAAGCUGUCUCGAUUGUACAGCAAUUGAAUUGAAUGUACUCUGGCCGAUCCGAUCCAUGAUAGUUCCGGCCUGCC